CAUCGCUUUGCGUGACUGACUGCUCCACCCACACGCCUGCGUUGAGAAACCGAUUUUCAUCGGUGGGGUCGCAUUCAAAGAGUUUUUUCUCGUUCCUAUUCGGACUGCAACUUCCCCGACUGAGUUUAUGGUCCUUUUGUCAUAGACAUUUUGAAGUAUGGCUGGAAGUAAAGAACACUCCAGAAUUUGACUUGAGAUCUCAACCAACAAUUUUCAACCGAAAAGGGUUUCUCACACCAUCCUCCAUCUUAACUUCUGUCAGAGAGGUAGAUUGUGAGUCAGCUUUCCAAUGAACUGGGCAUUCCUCCAGGGCCUCCUCAGUGGGGUGAACAAGUACUCCACGGCAUUCGGCCGUGUGUGGCUGUCCGUUGUCUUCCUCUUUAGGGUCAUGGUGUUUGUCGUGGCAGCAGAGAAGGUGUGGGGGGAUGAGCAGAAGGACUUCCAGUGCAACACGGCCCAGCCUGGCUGCCAUAAUGUCUGUUACGACCACUUCUUCCCUGUGUCCCACAUCCGCCUAUGGGCCCUGCAGCUCAUCUUUGUCACCUGUCCCUCCUUCAUGGUGGUGAUGCACGUGGCCUACAGAGAUGAACGUGAGCGCAAACACACGCUCAAAUAUGGCGAGGGCUGUCGGAAACUUUACAAGAACACCGGCAAGAAGCGCGGGGGGCUGUGGUGGACCUACGUCCUGACCCUGAUCUUCAAGAUAGCUGUGGACGGCACCUUUGUGUAUUUAAUCUAUCAUAUCUACGAGGGCUAUGACUUCCCCUCUCUCAUCAAGUGUGAGCAGAAGCCCUGUCCCAACAAAGUGGACUGCUUCAUCUCUCGCCCCACAGAGAAGCGUAUCUUCACCAUUUUCAUGGUGGUCACCAGCCUGGCCUGUAUCCUGCUAUCUUUCUUUGAGAUCCUGUACCUGGUGGGGAAACGAUGUAAAGAGUGUUUCAUCCAGAUACACCAAUCACGCAACUCCACCAUCCAGUCACGCCAGGUGGUCAUGGCUACGUCUCUGGUGAUCGGUGGCAAGAAUCAAAUGGAGUCCAACUCUCUAAAGUUGCCCAGCAAGGAUGCCUCAGCCCCAUCUUAUACUCAAGGUUGGGGAGUAACUGAUUACAUGUAAUCAGUCACAUGUAACCUGAUUACUAAAAAAAAGGUCAUCAAUUACGUCACCAACAAAAAUAUUGUAAUCAGAUUACAGAUACUGUCGAUUACUUUUACAUUUAGAAAAUAUUUAUGGCCAAAAAAAAAUACAUGAACACCUUUCUGUUUUCUCAAUGACAUUCAAUUCAGCGUUGAAAAAAGGUUUCAAGUUUAAGUUUGUUCCACCUGAGUGAGUCUGACCACAAGUCAGAGACCACUAUGAUGACACACCAAAAAGAGAGAAUGUAAAGAAGUCGAAUAACGAGUCUGGAGGCAAUGAGAAGUAUCUUCCAUUUCUCUUCUGGAUAGGCAAGACUUGGCCAGUUCUUCAUUGUUCCUCUGUAGGCAUUGUUUACUUACCUUUGUGUUGAUGACCGGUGUUU